AUGUUCGGGCUGGAGCAGUUCGAGCCGCAGAUGAGCAGCCGGAGCGCCGGGCAGGGGGAGCGGGGCUUCGGCCAGCCCGGACUGAGCAUGAGCGCGCACUUCAAGGCGCCGGCCUUCCCCGGCGGCGGCCCGGCGGCGGCGGCGGCGGCGGCGGUGGACCCGGCCCUGGGCGCGCUGGGCGAGCCGCCCCUCCUGGGCAUGAACAUGAGCCUGGCCGGCGACGCGUACGGCUUCCCGGGCCGCGGCCCCGCCGAGCUGCACGGCGGCGGCAUGCAGCCGCCGGUGCACGGCUUCUUCGGCGGGCAGCAGCCGCACGGCGGCCACGGCGGCGCCCACCACCCCCACCAGCACCACCCGCACUUCGGCGGCAACUUCGGGCCCGACCCCGGCGCCUCCUGCGUGCACGGCGGCCGGCUCCUGGGCUACAGCGGCGCGCUGGGCGGGCAGACGGCGUUCGCCGACGGCUACGAGCACAUGGCCGAGAGCCAGGGCGCCGAGGGCUUCGGACAGCAGCGCCCCGGGAACCUGCCCGACUUCCAGCACCACAGCGCCGGCGCCUCCAGCCACGCCGUGCCGGCGCCCUGCCUGCCCCUCGACCAGUCCCCGAACCGCGCCGCCUCCUUCCACGGGCUGCCGGCGGCCGGCUCCUCCGAGCCCCACGGCCUGGAGCAGCGGCGGCUCCCCGCGCAGGGCGGCGUGGACUCUCUGGAAUACAAUUACCCCGGCGACGGCCCCGCCGGGCACUUCGAGCUGCCCGUCUUCUCGCCGUCGGAGCCCGAGGGGCAGCUGCCGCACUACGGAGGUGGGCGGCAGGUGCCGGCGGGCGGCAGCUACCCGGGGACACCCUCCCUGCCCCGGGCACCGGGCAUGGCCGUGGCCAAGGCGCACCCGCCGCAGCAGCAUGGCGUCUUCUUCGAGCGCUUUGGGGGGGCGCGGAAGAUGUCCACCAGCCUGGAGCCAGGGGCCAGCACCAGGCACCCGUUGAUGCAGCAGCAGCAACAACAGCCGCCACAGCCGCAGCAGCCGCCGGGCUUGCUGGCCAGACAGAACUCCUGCCCGCCAGCCAUCCCUAGGCAACAGCAAACAGAAGCCAAUGCUCCCAACCCCAACUUGCAGGACAAUGGGCCAAUAAUGCAGAACCAGCAUGCACAGUUUGAAUACCCUAUUCACAGACUGGAGAACAGGAAUAUGCAUCCCUACACCGACCCCGUGUUUAAUAUGCAGCACCCUCCUCCACAACAGCCACCAAAUCAAAGACUGCAGCACUUCGAUGCCCCCUACGUGAGCGUCGCCAAGAGGCCGCGGUUCGACUUCCCCAGCAACCCUGGCGUCGAGCGCUGUGCCUCCUGGGGCGGCAGCAUGCAUGGCCCCGCCAUGGAGAGCCACCUCUCCCCGUCGGCCUACCCCGGCCUGCCGGGCGAGUUCACCCCGCCGGCGCCAGAGGCCUUUGGGGGGCCACUGCCACACGGUGGCCCCGAGCACCCGGCGCUGGCGCAGCGCCAGAAUGCAGCCCUGGUGAUGAAGCAGAUGGCCUCGCGUAGCCAGCAGCGCCUGCGGCCACCCAGCCUGCAGCAGCUAGGGCACCACGGUGAGGUGGGCCCGCCCAGUGGCCUGCCCCCGCCGGCCUUCGAGCGCGAGGCCGGCAGCGGCCGUGGCUUUGACCCGCCGGCGCCGCACCUGACCCCUGACAGCGCCUGGUUUGCGGGGCCGCCGCCACCUGGGGAGCUGCUCCCGCGGCGCAUGGCAGCGCCAGGGCUGCCAGCCGAAGCGGCCCCCCAUGAGCUGGGCCUGCAGCCGGGCGGCGCAGCUGUGCUCUUCCGACCGGGCGCUGGUGGGCUGGGGCUGCAAGAGCCGCUGCGGAUGGCAGGCGAGGGGCCAGCGCAGGCCCUGCCCUCACCUGGUGUCCACCCGCCCUUCGCGCCUGCCAUGGGCGGCCUCUCACAGCUGCAGUCGCCGGGUGGUGGUGUGUCGCUACCCAAUGCCCCUGCUGAGCGACGUGGCCCUGCUGACUUUGCCGCCCAGCCAGGCUUCCCCUUUGGGGCAGCCGCACGUCAGCCAGCGGCGCACGGUGCUGCGCCCACCCUCAGCGCCUCGCCGGGUGCCUAUCCGCCACCCCCGCCUGAGUUCCCCCCACCGCCGCCACCGCGGCCUGCCGCCAGCAAGCUGGGUGCCCUCUCGCUGGGCUCCUUCAGCAAGCCGGCCAGCAAGGACAAUGUCUUCGGGCAGAGCUGCCUGGCCGCCCUCUCCACUGCCUGUCAGAACAUGAUCGCCAGCCUGGGCGCCCCCAACCUCAACGUCACCUUCAACAAGAAGAGCCCGGCUGAGGCCAAGCGCAAGCUCAGCCAGGCUGAGCCUGACCCGCCGCCGUCAGCUGCCCCGGACUAUUUCCCAGCAGGACCGCCGGCAGGCGGGAGCAGCGCGGGCAAGGCGGCAGGUGCUGCCCCGCUGCUGCCUGCCGAGAGCAGCCUCUCGCCCGGCUACGCGCUGGAGCCGGCGGCCAGCAGCGAGGGGAAGGCGGGCGGCGGGCGGGGGCGGGGCCGCCGGAAACGGGACAGUGGGCACGUCAGCCCCGGCACCUUCUUCGAGAAGUUCUCGGCCACAGAGGGCAGCGGGGCUGGCGUCAGCCCGGGGCAGCCGGCACCGCCAGCUGCGGGGGCCCCGCCAGGGGCUGCAGGCACGGAGCGUGGAGGGGGCACCCCGCAUGACAAGCCCCUGACCUCACCCUCCUGGGGCAAGGGUGGCGAGCUUCUGCUGGGGGAGCAGCCCGACCUCAUGUCGUCGCUGGACAGUGGUAUCCAGAGCGUGACCAAGUCAGACGGCAGCUCCCCGCACGUGGACUUUCCUGACGAGGUCAGCACCAGCUACGGCAACGAGGACGAGGUGUCCUCCAGCUCCGACAACACCGUCUCCAAGCCCACCCGCAGCCCGCUGCUAGGCGGCUCGCCCAAGCUGCCCCGUGGGGAGCAUGCACUUCUCAACGGACAGAAGCCCCUGGCCCUCGGCCUCCUCAAUACAUCUACCUCGACCCCUGACAGCUAUGGGCUCAGCACCACAGCAGGCGCCCACCCUGGCACACCGGGCAUGGAGCAGGUGCGGACCCCCACGAGCACCUCAGCCCAGGAUGAGAUCCACCCUCUGGAGAUCCUGCAGGCGCAGAUCCAGCUCCAGCGGCAGCAGUUCAGCAUCUCGGAAGACCAGCCCUUGGGGCUGAAGAGCAAAAAGGGGGAGUGCGCAGGGCAGAAUGGGGACAGUGACCUGAGCAGUUGUUGCUCAGAGGGCGUUAAGGGUGCCAUGAGCACCAUUGACCUGGACUCCCUGAUGGCGGAGCACAACUCCACCUGGUACCUGCCUGGCGAGAAGGCUCUGAUGGAGGGGCAGGAGGAGGACAAGCCCAUGGUGCCGUGGGAGAAGCCCAAGCCCCCAAACCCCAGCAAAGAAGCCCACGACCUUCCCCCGAGCAAGACCUCGGCGGCGGCGCAGACUGGCAGCCACUUGCAGUGCCUCUCGGUCCACUGCACGGACGACGUGGGCGAGGCGAAGGGCCGGACUGCGGUGCCGACGUGGAGGUCCCUGCACUCGGACAUCUCCAACAGAUUUGGGACUUUUGUGGCUGCCCUGACUUGA